UACCUAUUAUUAUAUUUAUCAGCUAUUCGGCAUAUGUAUAACAUACAUAUACAUAAUCUUUUCAGUUAUAUUUAGAACCAUUCCAUAUCAGUUUAUAUAUUAAGUAAGGAACGGCUACAACAUGCAAAAUAUACUUGUGCUUGGAUUUUUCCUAAUUGUUUUAUAUAAUAUUGGCAGUGUUAUAUCUUUUUGUGAAGACUGGACAAUAUGUCAACGAAUUAGAUGUGCUGCUCCACCAAAAGAAUGUCCAGUUGGACAGUACUUAAUUUGGGAUGACUGUGGAUGUUGUCAAAGAUGCAGCGAAAAACCCAAGACAGGUCCUUGUGGAAUAUGUGACGUAGAUAUAAAAUGUAACAAGACAGAGCCAGUAUGCAAGGAAAACGAAGCAAUGACCAUAGAUUACUGUGGAUGUUGCAAAGAAUGCAGAAAACUUCUAUGUGAAGGUGAACCCUGUAGCAUCAGAAAACCCUGUUACGGGCUUUGCAAGUCCGGUCUAAGAUGUACUGAUGGUUAUUGCAGAAAAGCACUUUAAGUACAAUAAUAACUUGUAAAAGGUAAUAAAUAUCUUUUGUCCUUCC